AUGGAUAGCAUCAAUUGGAAUGCCGAGUGGAAUACGAAAGAGCUUUACCAAAAAACCGUUCAAAAUUGCGACUACUGCGGUGACGAAUCGCCCAUUCCCAAGACUGGCGUGGCUUGUGGCCCAAUUCUCAGAUUGAUUGAGGUAGAUUACACCAAGAAUGUGUACCGCGGGUCUAUGCUUAUAGUGAUGGUCGGAGAAGACACAGCACCUGUUGUGAAGUUUUGGGGUCAAAACGUGGAAAGUGGUAACGGCUCGCAACCGUCAAUCGAGGGCGAGUUUCGUCCCCACAUGUUUUAUUCCGAGCGCGACUGCUAUUUCUAUCGGUACCCGAUCGAAUUAGAGCUUCAAGAGGCAGAAUUGGAUGCUAGGUACACGGUAGACGGCGAAAGCAAGCCACACUAUCGGUUCUACAUUCCUUCGAGAACUCAAAACUUCAACACGAUUUCGUACUCGUGCAACGGGUUUUCAUUGUCCGUGGACACCUCUGUGUUCAAGGGUUCGAUGUGGUUUGACAUCCUGAAUAAGCACGCCAAAGUGCGCUACCACGUAAUGCUGGGCGGCGGUGAUCAAAUUUAUGCGGACAGCAUUAAGCUUUACUGCGCAUCUUUCAAGGCGUGGCUGGAAGAAAAGGAUCCCUUCAAGAAGUUUUCAUCGCGAUUGACGCCCGAAAUGCGUUCUGGAAUGGAUUCGUUUUAUUUGAAGGCGUAUUUGGAAUGGUACGGGUUUGGCUACUGGAAAGGAGCAACGCCCAAGGCCAGAACAACCCAAGCGUGCUUCCCCAUUGCCAUGGCCACAAUUCCCUCGAUCAAUGUGUGGGACGAUCACGAUAUAAUUGACGGAUUUGGUUCCUAUUCUCACAGUUUCAUGAAAAACGAAGUUUUCAGCGCUGUGGGCAAAGCCGCUUACAAGUAUUACAUGUUGUUCCAGCAUCACGUCUCCAUUGAAGAGAAAACCGCUUAUUUGGAAGAUCCAAUGUGGAUUUUGGGAAAGAGGAAAGGCGAGUACAUCGGAGAGCAAUCUCAUUCCGUAUUUACGAGACUGGGCCCCAAAUGGGGCAUGCUGGGGCUCGAUUGCAGAACAGAACGCAAGCUUAAAGAAAUUGUUCGGCGUGAGACUUACGACAGGGUCUUUGCCAGGCUCGAAAAAGAGGUUCACAGGGAGAAACUUGAUCAUCUGAUGGUGAUGCUGGGUGUUCCGAUAGCGUAUCCGCGACUCGUGUGGCUGGAAUGGCUUUUUUCAUCGCGAUUGCUCGCGCCGCUCAAAUAUUUAUCAAAAAAGGGAAUCAUUGCAUCGAGCCUGGUCAACGAGUUUAACGGAGACGUCGAAGUGCUAGACGAUUUGAACGAUCAUUGGUGCGCGCGCCACCACAAAAAAGAGCGGAACUAUCUGAUCGCGCGGCUACAAGACUUUGGUGCCCAGUAUGGGGUCCGCAUUACUAUCCUAUCGGGCGACGUACACUUGGCCACAGUGGGUCGAUUCCGCUCUAAGCUACACACACACCAUUUGACGUCAAGUCACGAGCAAGAUGCACAGGAAAUUGUCGACAGCCCAGAAAACGAUCCAAGAUUAAUUUUCAAUGUGGUUUCGAGCGCGGUGGUGAACACUCCUCCACCGAAUGCGAUGGCCAAUUUACUCCAGCGUCGUUCUGGCAUUCACCAUUUUGACAGAGACACGGACGAAGAUGUUGUGCCCUUAUUCAAGGUCGACACGGAUGGCCACAAGCGGACAAAUUUCUCGUUCAUGAACCGUCGAAACUGGUCCGAUCUGAUCCCCGUUGAGCACGUUUUGCAAAAUCCGUAUCUUCGCGAGCGUUUCAAACUGACAAUUGGGGACCAGCACCGUCCAGGUCUUACAGUUUCCGUACAAACCACCAAGGACGCAGAGCGCGUAGUGAAGAGCGAACUGGGCAAACAAGACGUCACGUACCCGGUGACACCAGAGGGCAUUGUGGUCACAUUACAUAUUGAAAAGGACAACAUGGACCCGAGUUCGGACACAGUUGAUUAUUCGCUGGUGGUGCCGGAGCUUGCCGAUGCAGGGCGCAAAUUGUCGCACACAGGAAUGAAGCAUGGCGAGGGCCAGAAGUAA